AUGGUUCAGUAUAGCCUUCACUGCAAUUCAUACGAGAUGUUCUUCCUUUGUGUUGCACUAAUACCUCUCCUCUUCAUCUUCAUAGCGCACUUGUUCCGCAAAAAAUCAGGUGGCUUGACUCUUUAUCCUAUACUUGGCUUUCUCCCCACCUUGAUAAAAAAUCGUCACAGGUUUCAUGACUGGGUUGUAGACAUACUCCUUACUUCUCCCUCCGCUACAGUCAAUUACCACCGCCCAGUAGGAAUAAUAGGGCUUCUCACUGCCGACCCUGCAAAUGUGGAGCACAUCCUCAAAACGAGAUUUGAAAACUAUGAAAAAUCACCCCGCUUGAAGUUUAUUGUGCGGGAUUUCUUGGGCAGCGGAAUCUUCAAUGCGGACGGAGAGCUGUGGAAGAUGCAGAGGAAGGCCGCCAGCUAUGAAUUCAAUACAAAGUCACUCAGAAAUUUCGUCGUCGAGACGGUGCAGUCGGAGAUUACAGAUCGCCUCAUGCCCAUCCUUUCCAAUGUCUCCAACAAAGGAGUGUCUGUAAAUUUGCAGGAUGUUCUGCAGAGAUUUGCCUUUGAUAAUAUUUGCAGAGUUGCCUUCGGAGUGGAUCCUGCGUAUCUACAUCCUUCUCUUUCUCAGCUCGCCUUUGCCCGAGCUUUUGACGAUGCAACGGAAUUAAGCUUUGGGAGGAUCUUUUACAGCGUGCCCUUUGCCUGGCAAAUUAAAAAGAUGCUCAAUAUUGGCUCUGAAAAGCGUCUGCGAGAAGCGAUUAGUGUGGUGGACGAAUUUGCACUGGGUAUUAUUCAAUCCAGAAGGAAGGAGAUUGCGGAGAUUCAAAGUAAGAAAAGUGGUCUGCUCAGAGAUGACCUUCUUUCCAGAUUCAUGACAACCUUUGGAACGGAUGUUUCAGUUGAGAUUGAAGAGAAAGCUGUCCUGACUAACAAAUCUGAUUUGUUUCUGAGAGAUAUGAUUGUUAAUUUUAUGUUGGCAGGCAGAGAUACAUCAUCUACUUCUCUGACUUGGUUCUUCUGGGUGUUGUCUUCUCAUCCCACAGUGGAACAAGCCAUUCGCUGUGAAAUUAUGGAGAUCUUAGCAAAAAGAAAAGAGUGCACUAACAUGGACGAAGAAUAUGAUAAGUGGAUUGUUUUUAGCUACGAAGAAUUGAGAGAUAUGCAAUACUUGCAUGCAGUUGUGUGUGAGUCUCUGCGCUUGUAUCCUCCUGUGCCCAUCAAUGCCAAAACUGCUGUCCAAGAUGAUGUUUUACCAGACGGUCGAUUUGUGGGUAAAGGAUGGGGUGUUGACUACAGUAUAUACGCAAUGGGAAGGAUGAAAAGCAUUUGGGGUGAGGACUGCGAGGAGUUUAAGCCGGAAAGAUGGUUGAAAAAUGGGGAAUUUGUGGGAGAAAAUGCUUACAAGUUUGCAGCCUUCAACGCUGGGCCUCGGAUAUGUAUGGGAAAAGAGAUGGCGUUUAUUCAGAUGAAAUCAGUCGUGGCUUCUAUUGUCCAUAGCUUUAGUGUGAAGGUGGAAGAAGGAUUUGUUGCGAUGUACACACUUGACUUCAAUAUGCGCAUGAAAGGAGGACUACCAGUAAUCCUUACAAAAAGAUGUAAUUAACUUUGUGCAGAUGACAUUGUUUACCAUUUUGUUAUGGUCUUGAA